CUUCCGACUUCAGUAUGUUCAAAACAACUGGGAACUUGGAAAUAAACUUGCUCCGACUGGGAAAAAUCGUUUUGAAUGUUCAUCCAACUCGGAAUUCCAACUCAGGAACUCUGGCCUCUUUCUAGAGCUCCGAACUUUCUGACCUGAAGAUCACUGACGUCAUGAUUUCACCUCGUAUUUUUCCGAGUUCCCAGUUGCACUGGUGAGGCCAUGGGAAUAUUCGUAUCAAAUUGUAUUAAUUUUAGGUGAUUAGUCAUCAGUUCAUAAGUGGAUAUGAAGCCUGGCUUAAAAUAAUUAUCCUAACCUGCUGCGUAAAUUCUCCUGCUACGAAAAGUCAAAUCUGACGUUAAUUUGACAAAAGCUGGAUUCCUUCAAACCAUGACCGGUUCUUCGGCUGUCCCCAUAGGAGAAACCUUUGUGGUUCCAGGUAUAACUAUUUUGGGUUCCAUGUAGAACCUUCUGUGGAAAGGGAUGUACAUGAAACCCAAAAGGCUUCUUCAAAAGGUUCUCCUCUGGGGAGAGCUGAAGAGCCCUUUUAGAUUCUAGAUAGCACUUUUUUUCUAAGAGUGUAGGGUAAACCUGUUACCAUAGAGUACCACAGUAUGAGUCAUAAUACCCAUAAAACCUAGUGGUCAAACAGUGAAAUUGUUCCAAUUGCUUUCCCACCAUUCAUAUUUCCCAUAGGGUAUUUUAGAAACACUUAAAAUAAGGACUGUGUUUCAUUUUAGGCUUACCCUGGCGGGACGUUUUUUAAAUUUUUGUAACUGUGUAAAUCUCUCUAGGACAAGGGGACUUUUAUCAAUAUACUGUAUUUGCAUGUAUUUACCACUGUAUUUGCGUGUAUUUAACAAAGGUAAGAAUAUUUGGAUUAUCUAUCUAAUGUUAGUUAAAAUGUAGUAAUGAAUAAAUUGGCUACAUUUCUUUCAAUGGACAAUUCUGUAAACUGUCUUGUGCAAGUUUUAAAUUGACAUAAUACCUGUUAGCAAAGGUGUCAGAUAGAGAUGAUGUGCAGGAGCUUGCACGGAUUUGUAGUUUUGCAUUAUGUCUACUUUAAUGCUGAUUAGCAUGUUCAAAUAUGAGAGUAAAUAGAGCCGAAUAUAUCGAUAAAAGUCACCUUGUCCGAGACAGAUUUACAUGGUUAUCAAAAUGUAACCCCAGGGUAAGCAUACAGGAAACACUGCCCUGGCCUCAUAGACAACUUUUUAACUACUUACUACUUUUUUUGCUAACCCUAACCAUUUUAGCUAACCCUUUAACCUAACUUAACCCCUAGCCCAACUAACAUUAGCCAGCUAGCUAACGUUAGCCACCUAGCUAGAAUUAGUAACAUAUUGUAAUGAAACAGGCAGGGAGCAGGUCUCGAACCCUCGACCUUCUAGCCCGAGGUUCGGCGCACUGUAGACUGCGCAGCAAAAGCAUUCUCGUGCGGCAGUGUCGAUUUCCGCGCUUAUAAACCCAGGGUCGUUACACUAUCAUACGUUAAGUAAAUUCGUAACACAUAGUACGAAAUGGGUGAUGGAAAUCCACAAAUGAAUAUAUACCAUUUGACUGUUGUGGAUUUAUGUACAGAAUAAUAUGAAAUGCUAAGAGACCAGAUUGAAUAAAUGAAUGGUGGAAAAACGAUGCUAGGUUUUAUGGGUAUUAUGACACCUCCACUGUGGGGAUCUAUUAACCACUAUGCUAAGUGUGCAAGCAUUAUUGUCUGGUAUUUAUUAUGGCGCAGAAUAAACGCUAAAUGGAAAGGUGCUUGAUAUUUUGGAGAAUAAUGUCGCCUGAGUUGAAGGCAUAUGUGAAAUUGAAACUAAAACGCAGACUGAAAACAGCUGAAAGAAUCCAUUCCGUGGAAAGAUCUCCGCGAAUUCGCGUGUUUGACAUCGCUCACCUUUUAAUUAAUAGGUUAAAAACAAUUAUAGACGACAAAAAUGAUGCUUAGAACGUGCGUGUUCGCUAUGGCUGUAGGUCUAUGCAUUGACAUAACCACAUUUUGCGCCACGGGUUUUGGCGCAUCUAUUUCCAAAACUGGACCAAUACGUUUAGACGUUUUCGGAAAUCUGGUGCGUCUAUGGGUUGUGGCGGGGAUUCGAUUAGUUAUACUAUUUGGUGUAUCGCUACUCACACUGGGAUCGAUUAAACCCGUAUUGAAGCGCUGGUUAGCAGUGCACUGUUUCCUUGCCCCGGUCUACGAGACCGGGCAACUGAUGCUGCAUGGCAGUUCACCGGAGAGCACGCAUGGAUCGUUGGGGGGUCCAAGUUUGUGGCUAUUGUGUACCGCGGCAGCAGCUGCAGCAGCCCUGUUUUGGGAGAAAACCUUCCCUGACAGCAACGAAGAAAGUAACGGGAAAGAGAAGACACAGAAGGCACGAGUGCUGUUCAUGAGAGUCCUCUACUUCUACAGACCUGACACCCUCCUGUUGGUUGGAGCGUUUAUAUUCCUGUCACUGGCUGUCCUCUGUGAAAUGUUCAUCCCAUUCUAUACAGGAAAAGUGAUUGACAUCUUGGCUUCCCAGUACAAGUGGAAUGACUUUCUCACAGCUAUCAUCCUCAUGGGGCUCUACUCUUUGGGAAGCUCUUUCAGUGCCGGCUGUCGAGGAGGCCUCUUCAUGUGUGCCAUCAACAGCUUCACCUCUCGAAUGAAAGUAGAGCUGUUUGGGGCCCUGGUGAUGCAGGAGAUCAGCUUCUUUGAGACCAUCAAGACAGGUGACAUCACGUCCAGGCUGUCCACAGACACCACUAAGAUGGCCCGGGCGGUGGCCCUGAAUGUCAACGUCCUACUGAGGACCCUCACUAAGAUUGUGGGUAUGCUGUUGCUCAUGAUGAGCCUGUCCUGGAAGCUCACUCUGCUCAUGCUGAUGGAGACGCCCGUCACCGGCCUGCUGCAAGGCGUCUAUGACAACUAUUACCUGAGGCUCACUAAGGAGGUGCAGGACUCCAUGGCCAGGGCGAACGAGGCAGCGGGGGAAACAGUAGCAGGAAUCCGGACCGUGCGAAGCUUUAACACAGAGCGGAAUGAGGCUGGUCAUUAUGACCACAGGUUGAUGGACACCCACAAUCUCAAGACCAGGCGGGACACCGUCAGGGCAGUGUACGUGCUCCUGAGAAGACUAACAGCGCUGGUAAUGCAGGUGGCCAUGCUGUACUAUGGCAGACUGUUUAUCCAGCGAGGUCAGAUGAGCACUGGGAACCUGGUCUCUUUCAUCCUCUACCAGUCUAACCUGGGAACCAACAUCAGGACUUUGAUUUACAUCUUUGGCGACAUGCUGAACUCGGUGGGGGCGGCUGGUAAGGUGUUUGAGUAUCUGGACAGAGAGCCCCAGGUCAGCACCAAGGGGACCCUCCAACCAGAGACCUUAACUGGACACGUCCACUUCCACAACCUCUCCUUCUCCUACCCCACCCGCCAGGAGCGCAAAGUACUGCAGGGCUUCUCUCUGGAGCUGAGGCCGGGUCAGCUGACUGCUUUGGUGGGGCCGUCAGGAGGGGGGAAGAGCACCUGUGUUAGUCUGCUGGAGAGGUUCUAUCAGCCUCAGCAGGGAGAGAUCCUAUUGGAUGGACAACCACUGCACAGCUACCAACACCACUACCUACACAGGAAGGUGGCCAUGGUGGGCCAGGAACCUGUUCUGUUCUCUGGGUCCAUCAAGGACAACAUUGCCUACGGCCUGGCAGAUUGCUCUUUGGAGAGGGUGCAGGAAGCUGCUCGCAGAGCCAACGCCCACAGCUUCAUCAGCCAACUGGAGAAGGGUUAUGACACAGAUGUAGGAGAGCGGGGUGGUCAGAUGUCCGGUGGUGAGAAGCAGCGUAUUGCCAUCGCCAGAGCUCUGAUCAGAGAGCCACAGGUCCUCAUCCUGGACGAGGUCACCAGUGCACUGGACACUGAGAGCGAACACAUGGUCCAGGAGGCCCUGGCUAGCUGCCCCUCCCAGACCCUGCUGGUGAUCGCUCACAGGCUGAAGACCAUCGAGAGGGCAGAUCAGAUCAUUCUGAUUGACCAAGGAACCGUCCUGGAGCAGGGCACUCACCAGGAGUUGAUGGACAGGAAGGGGGGCUACUACAAACUAAGAGAGAGACUCUUCACAGAAGACGACACGUCACAUUGACCAAAGAAAUCCUCCUGUUUGAACUGUAAAUAUUGAUGUCAUUUUCUCACUUUCACUCUGACCAAUACUCACAACCUCCCAAUAUACUGUAAAUUACAUGCGCAUCAAAAAUGUAUUUAAAUAUUGAAUAUAGUUAGGUAUAUAUUUUUACUUCAUAGGAGAUGGACACUUCUGUUGGUGACAUUUUAUUAUGUUAUAUGGCUCUAGGAGUGGUUUUUAUUUUUAUUUGAUUGUAUUCUUACUAUUCUUCUAUUUCUUAAUGUUCGAUGAAGAAAUAGAAGGGCAUUGAGUGACCCACAUUAUAAAACCAUUUAUGAUGUUCUGGAGCAAAGGUCUCUUAUGUUGUCUAACCAAGGGAAUAAAUGAUCUAUUAAACAUUUUAACUUCU